GGAGUACAAAGGACUCGAUAAGUGGCCCAGCAUUGCGCGGUGGUUGACACAAAACGAACGUCCUUGUAUUGCAGCGUCCCCUCCCUUCAAGAGACCCCACAACGUUUGGGAGAAGAAAUGGCUGUUCCACUGUAAACCUUUAGUGGUCCUUAGGAAGAGUACCACGCUUAUUUUGGUAUUCGCAGUCACUUUCCACUGAGAUACAGUCAACAGUUAAAGUCUCCUCUCUGCCCCCUGCCACUCUCCUUUCUUCUCUAGGAUCAUGGCGUCGGGGGAACCAGCUGGCCCCAGGCUGCAACGUCUUUUCCUGCAUUUCGAUCCUGAGGCUGCUGGCGUGGUGACAAUCCUGCUGGGGCUCUUCCAGGUGCUGCUCUCUGUGCCACUCUACCACAUGCCCAUCAGCCUGCCAAAACACUCUUUCCUGGUCCCACUCUUCAUCGGUUUUGUGAUUGUGGCAGCGGGAGCAUUUGUUGUAGCCAAUGAGAAAAGCCCCAACAGACAGCUGUUAAAAGGAUGUGCCUACAGUAACAUAGCCGGCCUGUUGGGGGCGAUGCUGGCAUUCUGUGUCUAUGUGGUCUCCAUAGUGUCCCUGGAGCCUGAGCCUGAACGCUGUGAAAAUGUUCACAACCAACCCUGGAAUAGAACUCAGUGUCCCUCGGACUACCUUGAAACGUUCUUUACUGCGGUGAACGUGCUGCUGCUGUUCUACAACAUCGGCGCUCUGGUUCUUCACUCUCUCCUCUCCGUCUCCAGUUACAAAGCUCUUAAGGGUUACUGACAUACAGGCGCAUAUAAUCCCAUACACACAUCCAAUGCACAAAUGCAAUCACACACACCAAAAAGUGACGUUCUGACAAAAACUGAUACCCGUCCCCAGUAAAGAUAUUUAAACUGGUAAAAAGGACUGGAUUGGUUAUAUCCAGGGCACAGAACAGGUGAAAUAAUGCACUCAUAAUUGUAAAAGAGGUGUAUCUAGUUUCCAAAUAUAGGCAUUUAACAACGAAAGACACACCAAACACAUACAAAACAUCAGGAACAAACUUUAGUAUUGCCUAUAAUCCUGUAAAUGUAAUGCCUGAUCACGCUACACUACACUUCUUUUGCCACAUUCGUUACAAGAAACGUUUAAGUUUCACAAAGACACGUUUUUUUUCUUACCAUGGACAUAAAGUUACCUGUAUUUGUAUGUUCGCACUGUUUGACCCAGAUACAAGCAGCUGGAUACACUGGGCGAUACAGUGC